AUGCCGGAGGCAUUUAUCUUUCCGCAGCUAGACGCGCCCAGUGUAUGGCGUCUUUGGUGGCUUGGAAAUCCCGCAGCUGGUAACCCCCUUUUUAGAGACCUACAGCCGUCGGACUUCACGAAAGGCAACCGAAAGAUGUUCUCCGAGUGGACUUUUCUAGCCCGCCAUAUAGUGGCUGGGGUCGAGCGUGCCACACAGCAAAGCAUUUGCCGCCCCACUACACAAGAGGAGGUUGAUUGCACGUACCGCGAAGGAAUCGCUAACGUGCCGAUGAAGAUGCCAGCACACCCAGAAAAACAGCGACCUGAACGUGCAGUGACCACGCCGCGCCGUAUGCGACAGGCAAUUCACGACAGUAAUCCGGAGGCGCGAGCUAUACCCUUCCGCAGAAGAAAAGCAAAGAAACGUGUUAGAAGAGAGCUCUUGUAA